AUGAAUAAAAUUAUUGAUACCACAACUAUACCCGAAUCAUGGAAGUUAUCUAAGGUUGCACCCGCCCUGAGCCAGGAGGAUAACGAAGCGGCAAUUCCUCCCGAGGAGGACGAGGGGGGGACGCAGCAGGCGGACUUGACGACGACGUCGACGUCGACCGCGACGACGCCGCCGCGACCUGAGACGACAACAAUUAUUAAUGCUCCAAAUAGCAUCGAGAUACUACAGAUCUACGUGCCGGCGGGACAAAGCAAUGCGGUCAAAUUGAUCUGGGGUCACAACACAGACCAGCAGUUUAAUUUCACUUACGGCAUUCAUUACGGAAUCGAAGAGGAGGAACUUAGUUCUAUAGCUAAUAUUUAUCCCGAAAACCUAUUACUAACUAUGUUACCUAAAAUAUAUCUAUCGAUCAGAGAACUAGCAUUGCCGAAAAUAUUAAAGGCGAGAAAAGAAUCAAAAUGUUCGAGAUUACGGGAAUUAAAGCUUCCACAACUAAAUACUGAAGCAUUACAUUUUUACGAGUUAAUUCACUGGGCGACAGAAAAGUGUCACACCCAAGCAGUGGAACGCUGUGUAAAACUGGUUAUAACCAGUAUACUGAAUCUUCAGUCUCGGUUUGUGAAUCGGAAGCAAGAAAUGGUUUCAUCAGAACAAGAAUUAAAGUCAGAAAAUAAUUACCAAAUUUUGAUACCAAAUGUCAAUGCAAAAAAUACAACGAACGAGCUGAACGCGCUGAUAGACAACCUAGAAUACUGCACGAUGUACCAUUUCGCUAUUAGCGCUAAUAGCGAAAACAAAAUUAACCAUAACGAUAUUCGAAGCAUAGUAACAGAAAUAAACCGUGAGAACCCACCUGUGGAUUUUCAAGUUGAUUUUCAGCCAGGAGAGCAGCCCUGCUUAUUAAUAAGAUGGUCUUCGUCUUGCGCCAACUAUAUGGAACCUAUCAGUUACAAUGAUAGAAACCACUGCAGUGACUGCAGAGACUUGGGAUUACACCCCUAUAGGAUCCAGUUGACCCAAGAGCUCAAUCCAAACGAUCAUCUUUUUCGUCGACGUUUUGCUAAGCGGUGGAUCGCAUCGUACCUUGCGAAUAGAAAGCAAAUAGUGGAAAUUACCAAAAAUAAUUGUAAAUAUUUAUCAAAUGCGGUAGACGUAAAAAUAGGGAUUCCGCAAGCAGAUGACACAAAUCUGGUAGUAGCAUCAAAAAAUGUAAAUAGUGUCACAUCUAAAAGCAAUAGGUUUAUCCGACAGGAUAGGGAUUGGUUCACUAAAAACCGCCUUAUUUUAAAUGAACAAAAAACAAAUUGUAUUUUAUUUAAAACUAAAAUGUUCAGUAUUAUAACGCCUGUAAAUGUCAACUUAAACAACAAUGUAUUAAAUAUUUCCGCGAAUACCAAAUUUCUAGGCUUAUAUAUUGAUGAAAACUUAGACUGGUGCAAACAUAUUCAAGAGCUGAACAAAAAACUUAAUAGCGUACACUUAAAUCUUGAUUUAAAUGUAAUAAAAACAGUGUAUUUUGCCUAUUUCCAAUCUGUGCUAAGGUUUGGAAUAAUCUUUUGGGGCCAAUGUAAGGAUAUUCAAGCCAUCUUUGUGGCUCAAAAGAAUUGUUUAAGAACUAUGUUAGGUUUUAAAUAUGGAGAAUCAUUAAGAGGGCAGUUUAAGAAACAUAAAAUACUUACGGUGACAGCGGUGUAUGUGUUUAAAAUUCUGAUGUUUAUAGAUUUAAGAUUGAACUCUGAACGUACUCGAGCUUUAAAAUACCCGAGACUACGUUUAACCAUUUUUGAAAAAGGGUGUUUCUAUGCGUGUAUUGUUAUGUAUAAUAAAUUGCCUAGUUAUAUCCAAUCGGUGUCCAAACUGCCUGUUUUAAGAGCCUUGCCAUGGAAUAUUUAA